CAGCCACUAGUUUUGCACUAGCCAACCAAAUUCAACACCGACAUCUUGAGCAUACGUAUUGACUAUAAUUAAGGUUCCUAUCAAAUCAAAUCUCUAAUCUCUAGUGUGUUAUGUAUAUAUAUCACUGUCACACUUUCAAGAACAAAAACUCAAAAUCAAAACCAUACAACAUGGAUAAUAAAACACAUACGACACUGCUUUUCUCGCUCCUGUUUUUCAUCACACACCUCACGAACGCGUCAUCAAAAGAUCAAUGUAACCAAAACGACAAAAAGACCCUCCUCAAGAUCAAGAAGUCCCUAAAUAACCCUUACCACCUCGCCUCUUGGGACCCUAAAAGCGACUGCUGCGCCUGGAACAGCCUCGAGUGCGACGACGCCACCGUUAACCGCCGCGUCAUCUCCCUAACCAUAUUCUCCGCUCAGAUCUCCGGUCAGAUCCCUCCUGAAGUCGGUGACUUACCGUAUCUUCAGAAGCUUGUCUUCCGCAAAAUCACUAACCUCACCGGUCAGAUACCACACACCAUCACCAAGCUCAAGUAUCUCCGUUUUCUCAGGCUUAGCUGGACGAACCUUACCGGCCCGGUUCCUGAGUUUUUGAGUCAGCUCAUGGAUCUUGCCUACUUAAACCUUUCCUUCAAUUAUUUUUCUGGUUCCAUACCUAGCUCUCUCUCCUUGUUACCUAAACUUUCGUACGUUGAUCUUAGUCGGAAUAAGCUUACAGGUACAAUACCAGAGUCAUUUGGAUCGUUUUCAGGAGAAGUCCCUGACCUUUUCCUAUCACAUAACCAGCUCUCCGGUUCUAUACCUAAAUCACUAGGCAACCUGGAUUUUAACCGGAUCGAUUUCUCAAGGAACAGGUUCAUAGGCGAUGCUUCGAUGUUGUUUGGAGCCAAUAAAACGACAUUUUCUAUUGAUUUAUCAAGAAACAUGUUCCAGUUCGAUCUCUCCCGUGUUGAGAUCCCUAAGACAUUUGGUAUCUUAGACUUGAAUCACAAUGGGAUCACAGGGAGUAUCCCGGUUCAGUGGACUGAAACUCCUUUCCAAAUCUUCAAUGUUAGCUACAACAGAUUGUGUGGACGCAUCCCCACUGGAGGGAAACUGCAGAUGUUUGAUUCUUAUGCAUAUUUUCACAAUAAGUGUUUAUGUGGUGCACCACUUGAUAGUUGCAAGUAAAGAUUCAAGCAGCCAAGCGUAUUACUAUUCUACUUUACCAAAUAAUCCGAUAAGUCUAUAGACAACUGUAUGUUUUAUAUGGAUUGACUGAUUAAAAAAUCAACCAAACUUGCUUCAAUAUAUUUGUAAUACAAUCUUCCAGUUUGAAUCACAAUCAGCAUGUUAGACACAUUUAAAUGAAGAUCAAUCGCAAAGGUUCUUGU